UGUGAGGACGUGGCGCAGGGUUGGAAGCGGCGAACGCGUCAUGGGUCCGGCGACGGCGGCUUGCCGCGGCGAGGGGCCAAAGAUCGGUUCGCGCCGUUCCGGAUGAUUGUGGAGCGUAUUAACCGGAUAUGGAUCACUCGUAGUUGUAUUUGCGAAAUUCUGCGCGAUGGACACCGCGUCGGCCAAGCGCGCGUGGAUGGAGGACGCCGAGAACCGGAAGCGCGCCAAGAGCGCGAUGGCCACGGCGCCGCCGACUGGCUUCACGUCGCUCUCGAUGCUUGACCUCACGGACGACGGCAGCGCGCCGGACGCGAGCAUGGGCGGUCCGGCGCUGGCCCGCCCGACGCCUCGCUACGCAGGGGCACCGAUCGUGGGCUACAGCAGCUUGGCCGGGCAAUACCGCGAGCCGUCAACUGGCGACGACGACGACGACCUCGGCGACACAUUGGCCGACACGGAGAACAUUGAGUUUGUCGCGUCGCAGGCCAUCAUGGAGAUGACGCAGACCAUGCCAUUUUCGGAAAACAUGGUGUGUUUGCGCCUCCGGCUGCACCCGACGGUCGUCGCCAACUUGAGCGACGACUCGGUUGACAAGCUCGAGCGCGCGGGCCUCCUCGACGUCGAGUUUAGUCCGAUGCACAAGCCCUUGGUGUUUGGCCGCGAAAUCUUUACGGCGGCGCUCAACAACAAGAACGACUCAGCGCACGUCGAUAUCGCCAAGCUCAGCAAAGAGCACUGCGUCUUCGAGUGCGUCCAAGACACCAUGUCCAGCCGCGUCGUCGUGCGCAUCACGGACCGCAGCCGUAACGGCAUCAAGCUGAACGGCAUCACGAUGGUCAAGGACAAGCCCGCGACGCUCCAGCACGACGACAAGAUUACGCUUCUCUCGUCCAAGUCGGGCUCGGUGCUGCUAGGGUACAUUGUCGAAGACCCGCAUGUUGUCGGUGCGAACGCGACGACGACGGUGCCCCGCCUUCCGGACGCGGACCGGCCGCCCGUGACCAAGCGUCACAUCCAAGAAAAUGUAUUGGGCGUGUUGUUUUCGUCACCGCUCGUGGGGCGGGACGCGCACGGCCGCUUGCACCCAAUCGAGGAGCUCGAUUUGUGUCGCGAGUAUGACAACCUCAUCAAGACGCUCGAAGAUGCCUCCAAGCACGCGAGCACCAAGCCCGACGACCCAAGUGUGAUGCUCGUGCCGCGCGAGAUCGACGUCAACGUGCAGUUUGCCACGUCCAACAACUUUCAGUCGAUGAUGACGCUGGGCUGUCGCGCGUUGCACUUUUCCGGUCAUGGCGGACCCAAGUGCCUCUACUUUGAAGACCAAGAGAGCGCCGUGCACCCCAUGGUCGCCGACGAACUCCGCCGGAGCUUCUUUGGCGGACCCAAUGCUCCGCUUCGCCUUGUGGUCGUCCAAGCGUGUCACUCUCAGUACUGUGCCUCGGCGUUUCUUCAGUGCGGCAUCCCCCACGUCAUCGCCGUCAAGGUGGAAGAGCGUCUCGAAGACCAAGCAGCCAUCGUCUUUACCAAGAACUUUUACCUUGCUCUGGGGCAAGGCAAGAGCGUGGCCGAGAGCUUUGAGAUUGGUCGCCACGCCGUCUCGGUGUAUCCACACCUCCCCCACGCCGUCAAGGCGGCGUCGAAAUUUCAGCUGCUGCCCGAAGGCGACGACCACAACGAAGUGAUCUUCCCCAUGGUGGAGCUGCCGCUGGCCGAGUACGAGUCGCAGGUGCCGUCGUCGCAGCGGUUUCCGGUCGUCUGGUCGAGCAAACUGCCAUCGCUGUGCCAGCACUUCCGUCACCGCGAAGCCGACCAGUACUAUGUCUGCUCGCACUUUUCGACGACGAGCCAAACGCAAAAGUUUGUGUGGCUCGUGGGACCGGCGGGCGUCGGCAAGACGCAGCUCUCGUACGCGACCGCCCGGUACCUCGGCGCGCGCAAGGUCUUCCCCGCAGGCAUUCGCUUUGUGCACGUGGGCAAGAUCGUCGACGAGGACAUGGCGGCGCACAAGAACAACACGAUUUUGCUCGGGCACCGCGUGAUCGCCGCCAUCAAGCAGCGCGUGGCCACGUGGCUCACGCGCACCUUUGACAAUGCGACGAUCGAGCAGCACGGCCUCCUCGUGCUCGACGGCGUCGACCCGCUCCUCGAGCGCGAAGAGCCUGAUUUCAUCAAGUGGAUCGAGGCGCUCUGCACGCAGUACUCGAGCUUGCGGCUGCUCGUCACGGCGCGCAAGCAGGUGGUGUCGCCAGUCUUCCAGACGCACGGCGGCCGCAUGCAGCAUUUGCAUCCGUUUGGACCGGCGCAAGCGGUCGACUUGCUGCGACGGCUGCUCGGGAAGGACCGCGGCCUCUCGCUCUCCGAGUUGAGCGCGUCGCCGAUCGCAGCGCAAAAGAACCAUCCGGACCCGAACACGAAUCUGUCGCUCGUGCUCGAACAACACCCGGCGUUGCGUCAGACGGGCUUUCUGCCGCGCGAGAUUGCUGCGCUUGCCUCACGCCUCGUAGCGGCCAAGACGACGCCCCUCGACGCCUUUGUGAAUCCGUAAUCGCGACUUGAUCGAAGCACGUAUUGCGCUCAGACGCAAGUUGCGAGCAUGUUGGGACUCACACCUGCUGCCACCGGUAGAACUACAUCG